AUGGAGCAGCACCUCGUAGCAGCUCUCGAGCGCACACUCUCACCUGAUGCCUCUAUUCGCACUCAGGCAGAGACUGGCCUGCUUCAGGCACACGCGGACGCUUCCUGCGGUCUCGCCCUAUGUCACAUCGUUCUGAACACUCAGGCGCCCCUGCCAUUGCGUCAAUCGGCGGCAGUCUCGCUUCGUAAAUGGAUCAGAGAGAGAUGGUCACCGCUUGCCGAGACCUUCAUAGGCUUUCCACCCGAGGGUCACCCCGUCCAGAGCGAGAACAAGGGAGGCGUCCGGCAGGCUCUCCUCCAGAUCCUCGCGCUGCCUGGACAGGGUGAGCGCAAGCUACGAGUGGCAGCAGCAGCAUGUCUCUCCUUGGUCUGCUCUUCAGACUGGCCCGACGAGUUCCCAGAACUGCUUCCCAGUGUCCAUCAAAUGCUGCAGCCAACCGAUAUUGUCAGUCCGGAAGACAGAGAUCGCGUGCACGGUGCCCUUGCCUUCUUGAGCGAGUUCUGGUCUUCAGAGAUGGACGAAAGACAGAUCUUGGGCGGAGCCAAGGACAUGCUGCCAACAAUAGAGGCCCUCCUUGCAGAUACACAGGCCUACCCCGCGUCCCUUCGCUGUCGCUGCGUCCUCAUCUUCCGUCAGCUGCUGUCAUCCCUCUUCAUGGUUCGAGAAGUGUAUCCAGAGGCUUCGAAGCAGAUUGCCAAUGAUGUACUGCCGCGGUGGACCCACGCUCUGCAGGGAAUGUCUGGCAUAGACAUGUUGGCAGCAAAAUUGGGCAGCGCGGACCUGAGUGCGGAAGAGAAGCAUGGAGAGGUGUGCUUGGUCAACGAGAUCUGGCGGACGCUGAAGAUUGCGUCACACUUCCGGCCCCAGCUCAAAGCCAAGAUACCGGAGCUCUUGACUUCGGCCAUUCACCUCUUGCGCCAGCUCGAAGAUCCUUUCUCGGCAUACUACCUAGACACUGAUGCAGAGCCACCGUUUGCAGUCGCAGAAGGUGACUCGGACAUCGAGACGACUUUGCCAAACCUCCUCUGCAGCGUGAUAGACUUCAUCGCCGAGGCUUCGCGAGGAGACCGAGGUCGAGCAAUCUUUGUGUCCGGGAGUGAUCAGCCUUCGGAUGCCAUGUCUGCCCUUGUGACAGUUCUGGUCUCAUACGCUCGGAUAACAUCCGAGGAGGAAGAGGACUGGACUUCGGAUGCCAAUGCCUUCGUAGCUGCAAGCGAAAAGGACGCCAUUGAGUAUGGCCUGCGGGUCGCAGCAGCCGACCUUUGUCAAGAUCUCCUAGAAGCUUAUCCGAAAGCGGCCUCCCGAAGUCUGGGGGCGGCAGUCACAUCGUCGACAAAUAGUGGGAAGGGAUGGAAGAGCGUGGAAGCAGCGCUAGCCGUGCUGGGCGGUGUAGCAGAAGAGGUCACUGAACUCGUACGCAGCGAUAGCAGGCUAACGUCGGAUGGCCUAGACCUUCAGGACAUCUUUCAGCGAGCGGUAUCACCUUCCGUACAAGGGCAGGUACCGGCGCUGCUGACAGGCCGAGCAUACAUCUUCGCUUCACAGUUCGCUGCAACCUUGCCAGCCGAGUUGGCUGAGCAAUUUGUGGAGGCAUCCGUCCAAGCUCUGGAAGCUGAGACACUCGGAGGCGAGGAGGAGACACUCAUCGUCAAACUGAGCGCCGUGAGGUGUAUCAAGAACUUUUACCGCCAGCUGUCAUCCGCUUUGCUGUCCCCCUUCACUGGUCGCAUCAUUGCCAGGCUGGGACCUCUGCUUAUGCAAGCGAAUGGCGACACUCUCAUCUUAAUCCUGGAGACAAUUCAAUGCAUAGUCGGCGAACAAGAAGGAGGCGAGGCCUCUGUCCAUGACAUUGCAACCGAGACUUAUGCACAGAUCGCGAGUGCUGUGUUGACUAUCUGGAAGAACAACGUCAAGGACUUCAUUCUGCUCUCCGUGGUGUCAGAUCUGCUUGAAAGCUUGGCCUCACAGAAAGCACCUCGAGCAGCUUCUGCCGUCCUCAAUGCUUCACAGCCUCUUCUGGUAUCAGCACUGCAGACGGCAAUGCAGCCGGUCAGCGACGAAGACGCUGACCUGCUGGAGCCAGCAGUGACGCUCAUUGACCAUCUGUUGAUGGGAGCCUCUGCAGCCACGCUCCAGGAGACUGGCAGUGUCAGCCACUUUGUUGGCCCUCUUUGCAGCGCAGUUCAAGGUACAGAGGACCGCGAUGUACUGCAGAGCGGCAUUUCUGCGCUGACGCUGCUGGUUCGCAAAAGCCCAGCGGAGGUAGUUGCGUGGAGGGCAAAUGAUGGAUCAGCCGGGAACACUGCCAUUGAUCAUUUCACAGCCAUCAUCUCUCGAGUCCUUCUCCUCGAAGAAGAGUCUGCUGGCCUCAAAGUGGGAGAUUUGAUCGUCGUCCUCCUGCGCAAGGUGCCGCAGGAGAUGUUGCCGAUCCUGCCCGGCCUCCUCGACGGCAUGGUCAGACGCUUGAGUAAAGUCAAGACUGCAUCUUUUGCUCAGAGUCUGAUCGUGCCAUUCGCCUUUCUGAUGAAGGACCAGUGUCAGGUCGUAGUCCAGCUGCUCAAGGGAAUCAAUGUCGCAGUCGAAGACGAGGAAGGCAACAGCCAAGGGCAAGCCACUGGUCUGGCAGUACUGGGAAAGAAGUGGAUGGACAAUGCGGAGACACUUCAGGGGUACUGGGCCCAGAAGACUAGCACAAUCGCGCUGGCGAAGCUACUGGAGACCUCGGACGAGUCACUGGCUACGAUUUCAGUCAAAGGCGAUCUCAUUCCAGACACGUCCAACACAAUCCGCACGCGGUCCAGAGCGAAGUUGAAUCCCCAUCGAUACACUUCCAUUCCUCUCUCUGCCAAGAUCUUGAAGAUUCUCAUCGCAGAGUACGAUACAGCCGGGGACGGACCGCCUUCCAGACUGCUGCCAGGAGGCCUCACUCAGGAUGAUGAAGAUCUAGAGGAGGAAGACGGAGACGAUGACUGGGAUGACGAUGAGCCAGAGACGGGCAAGAAGCACAUUACAGAGGAUCGCUUUCUAAGCAGUCUGCUGAACGCAGACAUGGACGACCUCAAUGCUCUAGCGGCACAAGGCGAUGCCGACUUGGGCCUUGAUGAUGAUGCAGAAGGUGGCCUGGAGACGGACGAGGUUUGGCAAAUGGACCUCAAGGUGAGACUGGUGUGA